AUGUCCGAUGCAGGGGGGUCUCAAGAGCCAGCGCAGAAAAAGCGAAAGCGAGAGCGCGACCCCAAUCAACUAAAGAUGAACACUUCGAAUUCGGGUCUCAACUGGUGGCUAGUGAAAGUGCCAAAGUAUUUAGGCGAAAAGUGGCUGUCUUCGCCAAGUUCGGAAGUGGGCAAGAUCGAAAUUCGCCGGGACAAGGGACGCACAGAGGUUAAUUUCAAGUUGAAUGAGCAUCUCGCAAAUCAGGGAGAAACAAGAACUCCCAUCGAUCAUAAGCUCCGUCUAUCCGCCCCUUCAAAAUCAGAGACGAUCGGCAUCCUCUGUCGAAGUAAAAAGUUCGAAGACGGGCAAGAAAUAGAGGAACGCAGCGUGGAAGGCACAAUCGUCCAGGAUCUGCACAAGGGAUUCGGAAAUGACGUAGGCGAGCUAUCCUUAAAACAUGGCUCAUUCGGCGAACUCACGAAACUUGCAGAUCAACUCGAGAAAGUUAAAGAGGAGCCAGAACUGUUCGCUGACUUCCUAAAGCGUUUUGAUGCAGAAGUCACGGCAAUGCAAAUCAGUUUUGGUCGACUCACGAAGAUCUCAAAAAAUAUCUCAAAAGCGCAAGAAGCGACAGUUACUCAAGCAAUGGAAUACUCAGAAGGGCUGAAAAAAGUAGAGCGACUGAAGAACAUGAUCAUCUCUACAAAUAACGAAAUCACUGAGAAAACACAUCAGCCCAUCGUUGAAAUUUUCAACCGACUGCACAAGUCUGGAAAUGAGCUGAUGGCCGAAGCAGAAGAGCUCGAAAAGUUUAACCAUGUCUGGCUGAAAGAAGAAUUCGACGCGCUCCAGAAGGUUAUUAAGCCCGGAAGCAAGCUUGUCAUCGAUGAAAUGCAGAACAGUGAAGGAAUGAGCUUCCGGCUUUUGAUUUUGAAAUCACAUCUUGAGCGUUAUGAGCGAGGGUUAGAAGGAAACCGGUACCAAGCUGUUAAUAUCGCUUAUGAAGUCAUGCUUGAUUGUGAUAAGUUUUUGAAAGAACGAUUCGAUGAGCUGGAGGCUUUGCUUACUGAUGAUGGCGCCGAAGAAUUUAAGAAGAAAGCUUUGAAACAAACAGCAGAGCUUGGUCGAUUACUCAAAACGGUGUCAAGAGCGGGAGCCGAUCUAGAGUGGAUCAAAUAA